AUGGUUUGCCUCGAUAUCUUUACGCUGGCCUUGCUAGCACCUACAGUUGCAUCUUCAGCUCUGCACCCGUCCCGUCGCCAGUCGAGCGUAAGUGGAUUUAUCCAGACGGAGUCGACAGUUUCCCUUCAAGGUGUACUCAACAACAUCGGAGCGAAUGGUAGUGGAGCAGCCGGGGCUUCUUCUGGCAUUGUUGUGGCAUCUCCCUCCAAGUCCAACCCAGACUACUUUUAUACCUGGACUCGAGAUGCAGCAUUGACCGUGACCAUGCUUGUUGACCGUCUUAUUGCGGGAGGCAGCUCACUGGAGUCCGUGAUCCAGCAAUACAUUACUGCACAAGCCACGCUUCAGACUGUCUCUAACCCCUCUGGAAGCUUGUCUGAUGGCUCAGGCCUAGCAGAGCCUAAGUUCAAUGUUGAUGAGACUGCAUUUACAGGCUCUUGGGGUCGUCCUCAGCGGGAUGGACCUGCUCUGCGGGCAACGGCUCUCAUUGACUACGGCAACUACUUGAUUUCCAAGGGAAAGGAGUCGGUUGCCAAGUCGAAUAUCUGGCCAAUCGUAUCCAACGACCUGAACUACGUGGCUCAGUACUGGAAUCAAACUGGAUAUGAUCUCUGGGAGGAAGUCCAGGGGUCCUCUUUCUUCACGGUGGCUGCUCAACACCGUGCGUUGGUGGAAGGAAGCACUUUCGCCCAGGCUCUGGGAGAAACUUGCGACGGCUGUAAUUCCCAGGCUCCUCAGCUCUUGUGUUUCCUUCAAGACUUCUGGAAUGGCACAGCAGUUAUCUCCAACUUGGCGAACAAUGGACGAUCGGGUCUGGAUGCAAACUCUUUAAUUAGCUCGAUCCACACUUUUGACCCCAGUGCUUCCUGCGACGACGCUACAUUCCAGCCGUGUUCACCCCGCGCGCUUUCCAACCAUAAGCUUGUCGUCGACUCUUUCCGUUCCAUCUACACCAUCAACAGUGGCAACAAGGCCGGGUCCGCUGCUGCGGUUGGGCGUUAUCCCGAAGACACCUAUCAAGGCGGCAACCCAUGGUAUCUGGCAACGCUUGCAGCCGCUGAGCAGCUCUACGAUGCACUUUACCAGUGGAAAACUCAGGGAUCUCUGUCAAUCACACAGACAAGCCUCCCGUUCUUCCAAGACCUUGUGUCUUCUGCUGCAGUCGGUAACUACUCAAGCUCAUCAUCCACCUACUCGUCUAUCACGAGUGCCGUUCAGGGAUAUGCAGAUGGGUUCGUGUCAAUCGUUCAGCAAUAUACCCCCAGCAACGGAUCUUUGGCUGAGCAGUUCACCCGUGACAAUGGUACGCCGACUUCAGCAGGCGACCUGACCUGGUCCUAUGCCGCUUUUCUGACUGCCGCAUCUCGGCGCAAUGGAACUGUGCCUUCCAGCUGGGGAGCCUCCAGUGCCAACACUGUUCCUAAUCAGUGCCAGGGUGGCUCGGCUACUGGAUCAUACGCGACUCCGAGCGUCGGUUCAUGGUAG